CCUUCCCUUGGCAGCGCAGGCGCCACCUAGGUUUGUUCUGAGGCAGCGGCGAUCCGGGCGGCUCAGAGCUCGGGACCCCCAGCGCCCGGACAGCAGGGCGGGCGCGGCUGCUUCCCCGCCCCGGGACGACGCCCCUGCUCCGCGGAGGUUCCGCCCAGCCGAGCCCGCUGCGCGCAGCCUUCGCCGCCGGCCGCCAUGUCUUCAGGGGCGAGCGUCAGCGCCCUGCAGCGCCUGGUGGAGCAGCUCAAGCUGGAGGCCGGCGUGGAGAGGAUCAAGGUCUCUCAGGCAGCCGCUGAGCUUCAGCAGUAUUGCAUGCAGAAUGCCUGCAAGGAUGCCCUGCUCCUUGGCGUUCCAGCUGGAAGCAAUCCCUUCCGGGAGCCCAGGUCCUGUGCUUUACUGUGAAGACCGGGAAGAAGUUCGCUGGGGAAGCACAUGGUGAUGGGUGACUGCCACCACGUCCCAAGAAAACGGUUUUCAACAGCCAAGUCCCUUUCUCUGUUGCCUUGUCCUAGAGCCAAAUUCUACAGAAAUUUGUUUGUUUUAACCUCACUUCAAAAUUUCCUAAGCUGCAUCCCUUCCCUCACAGAACCUGUGAUGGUCUGCCUGGGAUAUAGGCAUGUUUUACUUACCCGGUGUUUGCAAUUUAGGAAGGAAACGUUUAUUUUCAAAAACUGAGUAUUUGUAAUUUUCCUAACAUUUUUAUACUCUAAUAAAAUUUGUUCAUAAGAAUUUACAAUUACUAAAUGAAGAAAAAGUAUAAAAUUGGGGGAAUAAUUGAUAUCCUGAUAUUUUUAAAGAAAACUGUUUCAUGUUUUCAUUCCAUAGUGAGAUACAGUCUUUCUUUGACAGUAGACUUUAGGAGACGCUCUUUAGCCAACGGAAAGAACUGAUGUAGCAUUAGGGUGCCCAUCCUGAGGCUGGUUAGAUCUUUCUUUAGCUCCCUUGGUUUACAAUAUAUAAUUGUAUUUUUAGCUCUUAAAAAUGUGCUUAUGCCUUUAAAAAAGUUUAAAAUAUGACCUACAUUCAGAACAUUGCAAUUGGUUAAAAACAAAAUGAAAAUAUUACAACAUAAAAGAAUUAAUGUCACAAGUAUGUUAUUGGGGUGAUGUGCCUUUGAUUUAAUUGGGGAUACUUUUAGAAGGAAAAUUUGUGUUUAUAAUAAUCUUUGAAGAACUUGGAAAUAAAAUUUUUGCUGAAUUCA